AUGGUUGGAAAACUCAAACAAAACUUGUUAUUGGCAUGUCUGGUGAUCAGCUCAGUGACAGUGUUUUAUUUGGGGCAACAUGCUAUGGAAUGUCACCACAGAAUAGAAGAACGCAGCCAGCCAGUGAGGAUGGAAAGUGGGAGAACCACAAUAAGAACUGUCUUUAACUUAAAAGCAAAUAAAACCUUUGCUUACAAUAAAGACAUGCCUUUAAUAUUUAUUGGAGGGGUGCCUCGAAGUGGCACUACACUAAUGCGUGCCAUGCUAGAUGCUCACCCCGAUAUCCGUUGUGGAGAAGAGACUAGGGUAAUCCCUCGAAUUCUGGCAGUUAAGCAGAUGUGGGCCAGAUCAAGUAAAGAGAAAAUCAGACUGGAUGAAGCUGGGGUGACAGAUGAAGUUCUGGACUCAGCCAUGCAAGCCUUUUUAUUGGAAAUCAUUGUUAAACACGGGGAACCUGCUCCCUAUUUGUGUAAUAAAGAUCCUUUUGCUCUGAAGUCCUUAACUUAUCUUGCCAGAAUUUUCCCCAAUGCCAAAUUUCUUUUAAUGGUACGGGAUGGUCGUGCAUCGGUGCAUUCCAUGAUAUCUAGAAAAGUCACCAUAGCUGGGUUUGACCUUAACAGCUACAGGGACUGUUUGACCAAAUGGAAUCGUGCUAUAGAGACUAUGUAUAACCAGUGUAUGGAGGUUGGUUUUGAAAGAUGCAUGCUGGUACACUAUGAACAACUUGUAUUGCAUCCUGAAAGGUGGAUGAGAAAUCUAUUAAAGUUUCUCCACAUUCCAUGGAACCAAGCAGUGCUACACCAUGAGGAAAUGAUUGGGAAAGCAGGUGGUGUCUCUCUUUCAAAAGUUGAAAGAUCUACAGAUCAAGUAAUCAAACCAGUCAAUGUGGAAGCUUUGUCCAAAUGGGUUGGGAAGAUACCUUCAGAUGUUCUACAAGACAUGCCAGUGAUUGCACCAAUGUUAGCAAAACUUGGCUACGAUCCAUAUGCCAAUCCACCAAAUUAUGGAAAGCCAGAUCAAAAAGUUCUUGAAAACACACGACGGGUCUAUAAAGGUGAAUUUCAGCUCCCUGAUUUUCUUAAAGAAAUGCCACAGCCAAAGAAGACCGUAGAAAGGAAGUCCCGUGGCAAGAUAAAAUGAACAUGGACCAGUAAA